AUGUGCGCGAUGAAUCUCCGGUGGGUGUCGAUCCUAUCCCUCCUGCCGGCUACCACUCAGCUCAGCCUGCGGGACAUCGACGACGACACCGACGCCGACAGCAGCCCGACGAGCCGGCCGAUCUACGACUUCGGCGGCAUCUUCGAGUUCGUCGGGCCGUCGGCCGCCGAUUCCCACCACCGCGACGCCGCAGACGCCGGGGACGACGACAGCGCCGAGAACUGGCCGGCGGGGUCCUGGAAGGCGCCACUCGGGCCGGAUGACACCUACCCCCAGCAGCAGAAUUUUCCGCUCUCCGACACGCGGCAGUGCAGCGAGCAGGACAUGGAGACUCUGAAUUUCUGGGCGCUGAAGCAGGCCAAGAAGACGCUCCCUGAGGAGGGUCGCCGCGGGGACUUCAAGACCGGGUCGUGUAUGAAGUCGUGGAGCACCACCUGGUGGAUGGGGGUGAGCGAGUGGGCGCAGUGCUACCAGGAGUUCUACAAC